AGUUUCAGGAAGGUCCAGACAGCACCUCAAGCUACAGUAUUCCCUUGGUUUGUUUGUACUGGCCCUGGAUUCAAUUUACUGACAAGGGGGCGGCACGGUAACGUAGCGGUUAGCACGAUGCUAUUGCAGCGCCAGCGAUCGGGGUUCGAUUCCCGUUGCUGUCUGUAAGGAGUUUGUACGUUCUCCCAUGUCUGCGUGGGUUUCCUCCAGGUGCUCCAGUUUCCUCCCACAUUGCAAAAAGACAUACGGAUAUUACAGACUAAGGAUGUCUCAGAUAAAGAAGGUUUCCUCGGUUUAUAUUCAACUUGCUAAUCCUGGGACUAUCAGCACCCCGAAGACGUAUAAAUCUCUUGAAGCUGCGAGGGCGGACGAUCAUGGCCGCCAAAAGUUAGUGCCAUCUGCAGCCAAGUCCAGGAGCCCCUCCAAUAGAUUCGAAAAUGUGGGUGUGAAAGGAGUGGUAGGGACCAUGCCAUCAGACUUGCAUUCUGUUAGUGAAGAUUACCCCCCCCCUCCCCCUCCACCUGCUCCAGAAAACACAAGAGAUGCUUUUCCCCCAAGUGAGAUGCCACUUCCACCUCCACCACCACCUCUGCUUUCUGAUGGGACAGUUCCAACUUUGAAUGAUUCCAACCAAACCAAUGUGCAGAAGUCAUAUGGUGGAGCAGGCUCCAAACAGCAGGAAUUCUCUCCACCCUCUGAAUCUGAGAAACACAGCAUUCCAAAUGUGGGAAUCAAACUGGAAAAUUCAUCACCUCAAACAGUGAAUGACAAGCUGAAUGGGUUACCAGGUUCCAGAGCAGAUAUCUGCGCAUUUUGCAACCAAGCAAUUCUUCCAACUCUCCCCGCUGUUCAAGCCAUGGACAAACUAUUCCAUGAGAAUUGUUUGAAGUGUAGAAAAUGUAACUGCAGACUGGUGGGAAAAAACUAUUACAAUCUGGAUGGCGACCCUCACUGUGAAUCCUGCUACCAGAACACCUUGGAGAAGUGUGGAAAAUGCAAUAAGAUCAUAAUGAAUCAGAUUAUUAGAGCUAUGGGCAAAGCUUUCCAUCCUGAGUGCUUCACAUGUGUUGUCUGUCACCGGCUUAUUGGAACGGAGCGUUUUGGAGUGAACCAAGCUAAUGAGAUUCACUGCCUUGAAGACUACCAGAGGAGAUAUGCCCCACAGUGCUGUGUCUGCAAAAUGCCAAUCAUACCAGAAACUGGACAGGAGGAGUGCAUCAACAUUGAACUGUUUGGGCUCCGCUUUCACGUGAACUGUUAUAGAUGUGAGAAAUGUGGAAUUUUACUAUCUCCUGAUCCAACUGAGGAAGGAUGUUUUCCACUCAACAAACAGAUCCUUUGCAAGACUUGUCACACAUCCCUGAAUACCAUCUCCACUACUUGAAGACCAGAUUUUAGAGAUGAAUUAUUCAACUUGUGAACUGUUGUAUGUUUUGUUGUUGCAAAUCUCUACUCUUUCAUUUAUAAUCACUUCAAACAGACAAUAUCAGAUCCCGUAUCUCUGAAAGAUCAUUCCUCAGACUCCAUUUACGUUAGAAGCUUCUAUAAAGCUCAGCUCUAUUGCGCCAAAUAAACCCGAAAAUCCCUGGUUUGAUUGCUAAUCAAUGAUCAAACCCAAGAAAAAAAACCAUCAGCUGUAUAACUGGCAUCAGCACCCUUCCUACCAGUUUAGUGACAGCACUGAGGGGCUAUACAAACUGACACAAACAAUCACAUUUUCUCUGUUGUGAUAUUAUGGCACCACUGGUUUUUUUUAACCGUGUAUUAAUCAAAACAGCAUUAUCAGAUUGGGCAGGUAUGGAGUGGAAGGCCUGCACAAUUAAUUGGUUUACUGCUCCAUGUAUUAUGAUGAGCAAAGUGAAUUAGCUUGAGUGAGGACUAUACAUAAACUUGGCGUAAUAGGGAAAAGAAAUGCAAGAAAGUGCAUUUGCAAAAGCCUAUCAAAGGGUGGACACAGGCACAAUGGGCAAAAUGGCCUGUUUCUAAGCUAGUUCCACAAAAUACAAGUGCAUUCAUGUCUUUUCAUCUUGUACCCACCUUCCUUACACCAGCCCCAAAUAUACUGCUGUCAAUCCCAAGCACUAACCAAUCUUUCAAUAUGUAGCACAUUUGAUAUACUAUUACGCAUUAAAAGUUGUGAAUCUUUGUACUUGAGAUUUCUGUUCCCAUUUACUUUGGAUCAGAAGUUGCAUACGUCGAAUAACACUGACUCUCAAAAUAUAUUUGUAUUAAAUAAAAGUAAUCAAUCAUG